AUGGCAUGGAGACAAAUUGCCACUGCAUACAGAAAGUGGAUCCUCCGAUAUAUGGCCGAGUGUCGCGGCCAGAUAAAUCACCAAUUGCACACAAGAAGAUUGAUCAAGGUCGCAUCCAAGAUCAACAAGCUCACUUUCGAAGUAAACGGUGUCAAGCCAAUUGAUUUCACCAGAGCUGUGUGGCGAAAUGUCGGGUAUGAAGUUACUGACGCUCCAGAAGAAACAACAACUCCCACUUGGACAACAAAUUCGACUUAA